GGAGAAGGUAUCAAAUUCGCCAGGAAUGAAAUCUUCGCGGCUAGGAACGGGGCUAGAGCCAAUGUUCCACAUAUUAUGAUAGUCAUCACUGACGGUAGAUCUACGUAUGGUGGGCUGACAGCCAGCGAAGCAGCUAAAGCUAGAAACGACGGAAUCCUUAUAUUUGCCAUUGGUGUUGGAGCAGCUGAUGAGAAUGAGCUGAACAACAUCGCGUCCAAACCAUCAUCUGAAUAUGUCACCAAAGUCACUGAUUAUACUAAAUUGACUGGAAUUCGAGAGAAGCUUGCUCUUCAAGCUUGUGAAGGUAGGUUGACGACU